AUGACUGGGGUGAAGGAGCAACUGAACGCGUGGCUGCUCAGGUGGAAUCAUGAUCUUGAUGGGGUGAUGCUGUCGUACUCCAGUCCAAUCCUGGAGUCCACUCAGGCUCGCAUCCACCCCUACUUUCCUUACUUCCAUGUGGAUGUGGCGGCAAAUGUGGAUCUAUUUUCUCCUGCGCCGGGCCAGCUAAUAACUGGCCAGGUGAACAAGAUUGGGGCGGACUACAUUGGGCUCUUGGUGCUGGGCAUCUUCAAUGCAGCCAUCGGCCACCAGAACAUCAGAGCAGAGUUCCAGCACAGCGCUGCGGAUAACAGCUGGGUGAGCAGAAGGGAGACCAGCCAUCGCAUCGAAGAGGGGACAAAUGUCAUCUUCACUGUGCAUACGGUGCAGAAUGAAGGGGACUUCUUCAGCUUGACGGGGAAGUUGGAUGGGGCAUGGACGGGCGCAGUGGGGCACACUGCACCCCAGAUACCUGAUGAGGAGCACCGCAAGAAGAAGAAGAGAAAGGCUGAUGCUGCACAGCUGCGGGCUGAUGCCACGCCUCAGGCCCAGCAACAGCCUGCCAACAACAUGAAGAGGCACAAGGGCGCUAAGUCUGCAUCUGCCGCAAAGCCCGCACAGCCUGCAGCCGCAGUUGCUGCUGCCGCAGCUGUCAGCAGCGCUGAAAGGCCAAAGAAGGAGAAGAAGCACAAGGUGUAUGGGAAUGGCGUGCAUGACGCUGUGGCUGCAGGACCUACCCGGACGUCUGAUGCAGGUCCAGCAGUGAAGAAGGAGCCUGAGGAAGUACCCAGAAGCAACGCUGUUCCGUACAUUAAGACGGAGGCGGCUGCACCCGGAUCAGAAUCCUUGGAAAAAAAGAAGAAGAAGAAAAAGAGGAGGGACAAAGAUGCCCACACAGAGGGACCUCCGCCAAGCAGCACAGCCACUAUCAAGUCGGAGCCAAAGCCCAAUGCCUGAAGAGCGCAGGGAGACCUGAUUUGUUGACAAAUAAGUGAGAAAACCUCUUUGCUUGAUGUUGCUCUGUGGUGUCCUUAGACAUGCAGACCAUCUUUAUGUGACAUCAUGUAACAUGUGUGAGAGCUCAUUC